AUGUCUUCAUAUGCAUUUCAUUGCAUGGGAGGUUUGGCAAAUCAAAUGUUGCAAACAACAUUUGCAAUUUUACUAACAUCUAAAGGGAAAGAGUUAUUUUUAACUAAUUGGAGAUACUUUGAAUUUCCAAGUGUAUGGUCACGACAACAAAAUCCAAUUACUCAUUUAAACUCUUAUUAUUUUUCAGAUUAUUUUCGUCUUAUAAUAAUAAUGCCUUUUUUGCUUAAUCGUGCAAUAAAUAUAUCAUUAUUGAAAGAUACAUUUGUCAAUAAUUUGAUCACAACUUGUAAUCUUACACAAAAAAAUCAGGUGAUUGAUCAGCUGCAAAAUCUUUGGGUAUUAUUUGCUAAAUUAGUAUCUCUAACAUUUAAAAAAACAUUUAAUGAAUCAAAUUACUAUAAGAUGCAUGGAGAAGCGGUGAGAUCUCCCUAUUCCCUCUGUCAUCAAUUUACAGAGUUGCCAUAUUGA